CUCAGCCUGAAUGACUGCUUGCCUGUGAGGAGGGUUCUGCUUACUUGCCUGCAUCAGAACCAUGUGUGACCAGCAGCAGAUUCAGUGUUACCAGCCGCACCCCCAGUACUGUGUGACAUGUUCCCCCUUCUGUAUCUCCCAGGCCCCUUGUGCCAACAGCCAGGUGGUGGUCCAAGCUCCCUGCGAGAUGCAAAUUGUGGAGUGCCCUGCACCAUGCCCAGUUCAAGUCUGCCAGGUAAAAUGCCAGGCUCCAUGUCAGUCUAAAACUACAGAGGUGAAGGGCCAAGCUUCAUGCCAGUCUAAGACCACCCAGGUGAAGGGCCAAGCUCCAUGCCAGUCUAAGACCACCGAGGCGAAGGGUCAGGCUCCAAGCCAGCCUCAGAUUACAUGUGUUCAAAGCCAGGCUCCAUUGCAGUCUGAGGUUUCCUAUGUGCAGUGUGAAGGCCCAUGCCCCGUGCAGACCUGCUAUGUAGAAUGUGCUCCAGUUUGUUAUACAGAAACCUGUUAUGUGGAAUGCCCAGGCCAGAGCUAUGUACCCUGCCCAGCACCUCAGCCUGUCCAGACUUAUGUAACAGGUCCCCCGGUGUGCCAGCCUCAGGGAAGAUUCUCCACCCAGUGCCAAUAUCAGGGCUCCUACAGCAGCUGCGCCCCCCAGCGCCAGUCCCGGGCUUCAUUUAGCACCUGUGCGCCCCAGUGCCAGACCCAGGGCUCUUACGGGAGCUUUCCUGCACAGAGUCGCUCUCGGAGCACCAGCAGGUGCCUCCCUCCUCGCCAGCUGCAGCCUUCUUACCGCAGCUGCUCCCCACCACGACGUUCUGAGCCCUACUACAGCAGUAGCUGCCUGCCGUCAAGAUGUUCUCCGAGCUCCUAUAACUAUUGUACCCCACCCCGCCGCUCUGAGCCCAUCUAUAACAGUGACUGUUCUCGGCGUCCCACUUUUGGCUGCUCUCAGAGAUGUGGACCCAAGUGCCGAAUAGAGAUUUCCUCCCCUCGCUGCCCCAAGCAGGUUCCCCCCCAGAAGUGUUCUGUUCAGAUUCCUCCCAUCAGACGCUGCCCUGAGAGUUGUGCCCCACGACCCUCCUGGGUUACCUCCUGCCCGGAUCUGAGACCACAUGCAGAGCCGUGUCCACUCCCAAGCUUCCGUCCUCCGCAGCGUUUGGACCAAUGUCCAGAGCCAUCAUGGCGGCGAAGUCCACCUCCAUCUCCAUGCCCACGUCCACUUCCGGCCCCACGCCCACAUCCACUUCCGGCUCCACGUAUGUGUUCACGUCCAGAGCGCUGCGGAAGUCCAGAGUUCCGUCCCUGCUCUCCACCACGGCGAAUUUUGGAACCUUGUGUGUAUCCAGAACCACGUCCAGUGCCAUAUCCAGCCCCGCGUCAUCCUCGCCCAGUGCAGUGUGAUCUUCCAGCACCGCGUCCGUGUCCGCAGCCCUGUGAGCGCCAAGAAUCUUUUCCACGUCCGGAGCCAAUUCCUCUUCCAUCGCCCUGCCCAAGCCCAGAGCCACGUGUGGAUCCGCGACGUUGUCCCAGCCCCUGCUCAGGUCCAAAUCCAAAUCCGUGCACAGGAGACCUAGGCUGUCGUGAGUCCAGUCCACACCGCCUGGACACUGAGGCCCCCAUCUGUGGCCCAGCUGGUUAUGACUGGUGGCAAGAGAGUGAGCCUAGGUGCAGACCUUGCGAUGUAGGCCUUCCAGAGUCACAGGGUCUUGGUGGUUGUGGAGACCAAGGAGGCGUCAGAGUUGGAGUGAAAGGUGGAACCCGUGGUGGAGCAAAGGGUGCCUACUUUUAAAGAAAGCACGGCUGAGACGGCCUUACCUUUUGCCCUGAAAAUGUUGAUCCUCGACUCCCAGCAGCCGCAAUUUCCAAUGUUUUCUGGUUUGUAUCUCUUCAAAGACUUUCAGAGGCUCCCUGCUGCAGAAGUGAUGCCCAAAGUCCUUUGCAUGCCAUCUCAGGAUCCACAUCUGGGUCUCAGACACCUCUUUAGCCUCACAUCUGACUCCUCCCUAAACACAUCCUCUGUUCUAGCCAGACCAGCCUGGCCACCAUGGCACAUCUUGGGUGUUUCCCAAGACAUCCCCUUGGGGCCCCUGCCCCUAAGCCUCUGCUCACUCUUUCCCUACUACCCGGACCACUUCUCUGCUACUCCCAGUAUCUAAAAAUCCAACCUGUAUUUCAAGACCUAUUCCAUGGAGCCUUUUGUAUUUGUUCCUAUCUGCAGGAGCCUGGACUGAUUUCCUAGAAUUCAUUGCAUCAUCCACACCAUCCAUUUGGCAACUGCCUUGCAACAUCUCUUGAAUUGUUAUUUCACUUUUCAGGUGUGUCUGUCCUACCUGCCCAGCUAGGUUGUAAACUCCCAUUGGAGUGGAGUCAGAGUAUCCCCACAGUCCUGUGCUUCUCCUAGAGCAGGCAGCUUCUCAGCAAGGCUUAUGGUUUGCAACUUGAGCUAUGGUCUGUCCUGAUGUGCAACCACAGGACUGCAGACAAGAGGAAACCAUGUAACAAUAAAGAUGAUGAUACCCUCACACACUAA